AAUUAAAGGCUCGAAUAGAGGCUUAUGAGAAGUUGUUGAAUGACAUUAAAACAGCUGACGAUUUUAUUGAAUUACAGGAACUCAAUAAUCGAAUUAAUACUUUUGAUUACACUAAUUUUCCUGCUGAUAAAAAUGAAAAUAUUUUAGAAACUGCUUAUAAUCAACGACAGACCGAAUUACAAAAGCAAGCAAUUCAAGAAAAAAUAGAAAGUAUAACAAAUGACAUUGAACAGUCCUGA